AGGCUUGGGCUUUGUUUAUGUUUGCCGGCGCCUGCGCAUCCGCGAGAUAAACACGCAAUGUGAUGCAAACAAGUGGCUGUGGGCCACGUUGUGCUGGCCAGCAAAAAAAAGGGGUCCUGGGAGGUCUGAGGAUAUCCAUGGCAGCGGAUCGAUUGGCGAGGGACAUGCGCAGGACAUGCUGAGUGGCCGAGGACUCCUCCUCAGAUGUAGACACCAAUAUUUCGGCCAGAACGCUCCUGUGCCUCGUGGAAAACGGUUCAUAAUUCGUCCAGCUAAAACGCUUCUGCUUUCUGUGUGGAUGUGAGUGUGCGUAUUGGCCAAAGUAAAGGCCUGAGUAGAGAAAAAUCAACUUAUAGGCCAUUAGCUUUCAGUACAGCACUUUAAUUUUUGCAUAGCAGAAACAUAAGUUUUUUGAAUUUUCAGCGAACCACAUUUCGCUUUUUUCGCGCGUUUGUGUGAGUGGAAGGACGAGUGAUUGUGUUCAGUGUCGCUUUUGUUGCCUUGGUUGCCUUACCAACACACGUACACACAAGUACACAUCACACACGCACGCACACACACCGUCACCCUUGGAGAAAAGUGAAAGUGAGACGCCCCAGCGACCCGGAAAUCGGACAGCUCGGUACUUUUCGCAUUCGGCGCACAACUUGUCUUGAAAAAAUAAACCCAGAUGCCCGAGGCUUUGAUUCUACCCGGCAUGGCUGACGCAGAGCCGGACCUCUCGACGUUCGAGAACAAGACGGGCCUGGCGGAGGACAUGAAGUUCCUGGCCUCCAUGCCCGAGCUGUGUGACGUAACCUUCCUGGUGGGCGACACCCGCGAACCCGUCUGCGCCGUCAAGGCUGUGCUGGCAUCCCGCUCCCGUGUGUUUGCAAAAAUGCUGUAUGCUGCCCCCUCGCCCCAGCGGAAAAGGGAAACCUCCACCAAAGAGAACAAGCUGCGCCUCUUCCUGAAACGCUCCUCGGAGCCCCUGCUCAAUCUGCAGAAUGCCGCACAACAGAGAACCGGUUUCACCCAACAAUUAGCUCCGAUACCCGAGCCUUCAGGUCAGCAGCAUCAGACUUUGAUCAUUGAGGAAUUCGAACCGGAUGUUUUCCGCCAACUGAUUGAGUAUAUCCACACGGGUUGUGUGACCCUGCAACCUCGUACGCUUCUAGGUGUCAUGAAUGCCGCUGACUAUUAUGGCCUGGAGGAACUACGUCGCGCCUGUGCAGGAUUUGUGCAGUGCUGCAUCAAUGUGGACACUGUAUGCGCGUUGUUGGCCUCCGCCGAGCGUUAUAUCCAGUACAAGUGCACCAAGACCUUGGUGCAAAAGGUCCUGGAGUUUGUGGAUGAGCAUGGCACGGAGGUGCUGAACCUGGGCAGCUUCACACUGCUGCCACAGCACGUGGUGCGACUGAUUUUGGCCAGGGAGGAGCUGCGGGCCGACGAAUUCACCAAGUUCCAGGCGGCAUUGAUGUGGAGCAAGAAGUACUAUGACAACAAUCCGAAUAUCGACAUAAAGGAGAUCCUGGGCACUUUCUGCGAGUACAUCCAGUUCCACAAGAUCCCCGCCAAUGUGCUGAUGCGGGAGAUCCAUCCGCUGAAUCUCGUGCCCUAUGCCAUCAUCAUGAACGCGCUGGCCUAUCAGGCAGACCCAGAAAGCAUCGACCCCGGAAAGCUGUCUCCCAACUCUAGCCGACAGCUGCACGGCCACCACCGCCAUCGCCACCACCACCAGUCGCUGCCGAAGAUCCGCAAGGCCAAGUCGCAGUCCUUCCGCACGCGACGCAGUCCCUCGGAGCGGCGAAGUCCCAGCACGAAUGCCCCCAAUCUCACGCUAAACACCAGUUUGAACUCUGGCAAUGGCGGCGGCGAAAAGAAGCGGAGUCCUCUAACGCCCAAAAGUCCAGUGAUGCCGUUGCCGGAGUCCAAGAGUCCGGGUAGCAGCACAUCGCUUUCGCGCCAGGGAACUCUGAGGGCCUCGAAUCGGCGAAAGAACAGCGGACAGCUCUCCAUUUCCCUGGGCACUCAGGGCAGGCGAAGUCCCGUGGGUCUCAACGAUCGCAGUCCCCAGGGGCGACGCAGUCCGCUCUUUCCAAACAGUGCUGGCGGGCUGAGAUCACCAUGCGACCCGAUGACCAGUCCCACGGUGCGAAGUCCCACUGGCGAGCCGCGUAAGAGUAGUCCCACCUUUAGUGUGCACACACAGGAGCGUCGCUCGCCACUGGGCGCAGUGGCUCCCACGGAUUUUGGCUGUCAAUUCGGAUUGCCGGGCACGCACCGCAGGAGCCCCACAUCCACGGUUCAUGUGCAGGACAUGGCCACGGAGCCGGAAGAGGCUGGCUUUGUGGGCCUCAAGCGGCCCUCGAUAAGUCUCUUCACACCCAUUUACUUUGCCAGCGAGAAGCGCUCGCCCAUGGGUCCCAUACCACCCAUAACCGUCUCGAAUCCCGCCGAGACCUACAAGGAGGCGGCGGAGGCGGCUGCCCGGGAGAAGGAGCGGGAGCGGGAGAAGGAGGCAGCCCAGCCGCAGGAGAAGAAGAGCGUGAUGCGUGAGAUUCUGGCCUUUGUGCGUAAGCCAUCGAAGCACUUGAGCAGUCGGACCAACCGCUUUGCCAACGCUUUCACACGCGCCGAAUCGGGUUCCUCUGGUGGCCCGCUAAUCCGACAGAGCACGUUCUCCGCCAGUCCAGCCGCCUCCUCGACGGCGGCCAAGAGUGCUGUGCAAAAGCAAAUGUCCGAGGUGGGCUUCGAGCCCAAGAUAUCGCAGAAGUUCACCCACUACGCCAAGAUGUCCCUGCGGCUGAGGCGAUCCACCAAGCGCGACGAGGAGGAGAAAAAGCAGAGCUCGGCAGCGGGCUCGAAGAGGCCCAGUGCGGACCUGAGCCAGGCCAAUGCGGAGCACCAACAGGUAGGUGGAUCGGAUGAGCUGCCCUUCGAGCUGGCCAAUGUGCACUUCGAAAAGGUAGGUGAGUCCUAUAUCAAGCAUGAGCGGCUACGCGAGCUCCAAGAACCGGAAGUCGAAAAGGAGAUCGAACGGGACAAAGAAGCGGAAGUGGAGGUGGAGCAAACCGAUGCAGCCAUGGCGCUGUUCGUGGAGGAGGUCACCAAUUCGCUGAAAGUGGUGGCCCUGAAUGGCGAAGGCGGAGCAGCCGCUGUACACCACUUCACGCGUCGCUCGGAGAGCCGGGAGCCCAUAGAGCCGCGGAUUAGCGAGGAACGGGAGUCGGACUCCAACGAUCUGAUGAUACCCGACGAGAUGCGCGCCGAGUUGGUAGAGAUCUUGAAGGCCUACGCCCCAGAACCAGUUUAUGUGAAUCUGCAGGCACUGCGGCGGGAAACGGAAGAUGCGGACCUGGCCGUCGCCCAGGCUGAGGCUGCAGUCUUGGCGGCGGCCUUGGUGGCCGAGCCCCUCAAGAAGCCGCUGCAGUGUCCUACCAUCGAGUUUGAGCCGCCCUCGCGCCGCUCCUCCUUCGACCCCCCCCGCUCGCCCUUCCUCGAGCAGCUGCGCAGUCCCGGCGUGGACACGGAAACCGAUUUGAUCAAUCUCCAACGGCUCGACUCUGGCGGCGACAGCUUCGACCUGGUCGAGAGCAAGUGGAGCAAGUCCAGUCGCGGCGAGUCCAGUUUCGAUUGCCCCUACUCCUCCAGGGACACCAGCUUUGAUGUCUCCAUUUCGCGCUAUCAGUCUACCAGUUACGAGGAUCAGACCUCCAGUUUUGAGAUUGUCGAUACGGAUGAGAAGGGCGCUCAGGGAGCUCAGGGCGGUAGAAGGGCCGUCGACCUGCGCAAGAGCUCCAUUGAGCUGGUCGAUGCGGAGACCUUCCAAAGGUCGGGCUCCUCCUGCGGCGGUCGCAAGUCCUCGCUGGAGACCCACUUUGACUACACGCCCACCGAUGGUCGCUCGCCCAGCCUCCCAUUUCCGGCCAUGAGCAAGAAGCAGCGAACGGAGAACUUCCGUCAGCUGCAUGUGUCCCAGUUCAGUGCCUUUUCCCGGGCACGCAGUCCGCUCUCCCAGCAGACAUCCUCGAACUAUAGCUCCAGGGACAGCUACGAUUCGAGUGGCUCGUAUCCGCAUGGCUACGGCUAUCCGCCGGAGCCGCAGAAAUCUCCGUACGGCGAUCCCAGUCGCAAGCACUUUCCGCUGACGGUGCGGCAGAAGAGUAGGGCGGAGGAGGAGGAGCGUGAGGUGCGCACCUUCCUCUGCACGGACCAGAGAUGUGCCUCGAUCUUCGAGCCGCGUCCCAGCUCCGUGCUCACCCAGCAGCUGUCCACCGGGUCAAUGUCCACCCCGUCGGGCUAUACAAAUGGUACACCCCGGGUGCUUUUUGGACCCGUACCGCUUGCCCAUCCUGGACCGCUCUCCUCCACCUGCGGCGGUGGCGGCGGCGGCGGUGGCUUCUCUAGCGGCAGCGAGUUCGAGCCACCGUCGCCGAGACGAGCGGCCAGUGCCUCGCCCAAGCACACCUUCACGUUCCGCAUCGUGAUGAAGAAGGUGGACAGCUCGCCGGAGGCCCUGUGCCCGGAGCGGCAUCGAUCGAGGAUAAUAGAUAGGUACAGAAGGCGCGACAGUCGCCGCAAGCGAAUCCAUGAUGCUGGGAAGAGCUUCUAGGGGGAGCAGUAGGGCGCAAAUAGAGUGGCCACCAGUGAUGGGUAAAGUACUUAGAUAGGAAAUCAAACACACUCAGAAAACCAGCGAAAACCAAAGUGACCCAAGAAGUAUCUAAAAUAACUACAUUUCAGGAACAAUGAUCUAAAAAGUGACUAAAUAGACAAAAACCAUCUAAAAUAAGGACCUAAUAAAGUACAUUUCAACACUUUUUAGUUCAUCUUCCUAAAAUGCAAGUAAAAAAUGGAAGUUAAGUGCAAAAAGUAUCAUUCUUGGAACAAUGAAAGUGUCGAAUUGAACUAAAGUGGCCUAAAAUAAGGCCCAGUUUCGAAACUUUUUGGUCAUUAUUCCUAAAAAGUAAGUCAUUUUAAUCCUGUUCGGUACAUUUUGGUGCUUUGAUGUUUUAUAACUACAUGAAGAGCCAAGUAAAAGAAAUCAAAAUAACGCAAAUUAGCUUAACCAAAUAAAUAAACUUAACAAUAAACUGCCUUUUAGACCCUUACCGAGGGUACAAUACAAUACUCUUUCAACAAAUAUUCGAAUACUCAUACCAUAAAGAAUAUAUCUCAAAACGAAUCAAAUUCUGUAAAAUAAAAGCCAUAAAGUCCUGCAAAUCCUAAAUAUUAAUGCUCAUUGCUAAGGAAGACAACAACACUUACUCUACAAAAACAUUUUGAUGUUCAAUAUAUGGUAAAAGAAAUAACACGUUUUAAAACCGAAUGAAUCUAAGUACCUGUAACUAAAUAAUUUGUUUUUAAUAGUCAGUUGAAAAAUAAAGUUAUUUGUAUAGCAAUACAGGUAAUAAAUGUUUAGCUAGGUAACCAAAAUAUAUAAUUCCCAUCACUGGUACCUCGUACCCCAAAAACACAGGUGAACCUCAUGAAAUACUCGCGGCAAUCUAUUGAUAUCUCCACGAUACGCAUAUAUUUUUGACAAUCUCAGUGUGGCAUCUAUCGAGAACCUCUAGCAAUCGCAACCUCUUUAGGGUUAAGGAUAACACCGAACUGCUGGCGUUUGGUAAUCAAACUUUAUAAAAUGGUUCUGGUUUUUAGGCCGUUUCAAAAGCUCUCUACCAAAGGCGUAAACUUUGGCCGACCGAAGUCGGUCUACACUUAUGAUCUCUGCUGAUUUGUCAAGCAACCCAACUCAUUGGAUCCACGGCUACAAAUAGCCAGCCGUGGAUGAUAUUAAAUAUAUAUUGUACAUUCUAAAUAAUUAACAAACUUAUACGCAACAAUAAUUCCUCCCACGAUUUACCUGACUACUAUUUAACGACAAACAAUAGAUCAAAAGUUUAUAUGUAUACAUGUGCAUACGAGUUCAAACUUCGAUGUUGUAAUUAAUGUGGCAACCAAAAACCAAAAAACUGAAAAUCGAAAUCAGAAAGAGAGAAUAUUCUAAGUAUUUGUGCAUUUUUACGUGGUUCCUGUUAUAUAGCUAUAUAUAUAUAUAUAUAGUAGAUAUAUGCGCAGUCAAGCGCAAGUAUUACAAAUUUUUGAUGGCAAAAUAUAAUCGAUAUACAUUGUAUGUUUCUAAGGAACCUAAGAAAUAUUUAAUUCUAAAUGUAACCGAACUGCGCUGCUAUUGCAAAGAGUCAGAAACGUUUUUCUAGAUAAUCUCCUAAGACUAAGAUCAGAGCAAAAUAAUGCGCAUACAAGAAUGUGUGUGUGCGCAUGUUUGUAUAUUAAAGCUGGAUUUGGGGCCGUACUUAAAUCUUAACAAUGUAAGAAAGCAUUAACUUUUGUGCCGCAAAAAAAAAUGAAGAUGAGAAGUGAAAAAUAUCGCAUUAUCAAAUUAAUAUUUAGUGUUAAACUUUGAGCAACAUUUUUGGAUUCUAUGUUUGUCAGUUAAAAACAAAGGAACCCUAAACCGUAAAUUUAAGUGGAGUAUCCAACAAAUCAUAAUUUACAAAGUAUACACAUUGUAUGUAAUACUCGUUGGCUUUUUAGCAAAUUACUCGUAAGCCGAAAGAUAUCAGCAUUUUACAGGUAAUUAAGCAUCAUAAGCAUUUAAUUCCAAGUUAAGAUGGUAGCUAAUCCUAGCGAUAACCAGUCGACAUCUCGGAUCCGGAGCCCCCUUCGAUCCAGGACUACGCACUACACUCGUAACUAAUCGGAAUGCCAGUAGAAACGUUGAUAUUUUGAUUUGUAGUUGCUUGUUUUGAAACUAACCAACACAGUCGCUGACCAAAUCGCUUGAGCAAUUACUUAUUUUUGAUCGAUUGCGCCUCUGAAUGCUUGCGAGAGGUACGGAGUUUGUAGCGACUUGAAUCCUGGCCAGUGCAACAGCCAACUACAAUUUCACAAUGCCAACUUCUUCUAUUUUCAGGGCGAGUUUACGUUUACAGUGUGCCAGCUGGAUCGAAUGUGGAUUUGGCCCCGGGAUUUUAAGCCCAAGCCCAUACGUUAUUAGGCAUUUUAAUUCAGAGUAUGUCGUUGUCGUGGCGUUUGUUACACUAAGUCCAGUUCCAGUUGCAGUU